AUGGCAAAUGCGGGCAUUGCAACCACGCGCUUCACUGCAGCAGAGGGACAUGAACGCAGCAUUACCGUCAAUGUGAUCAGCAACUUUCUACUGGCGUUGCUGUUGGUACCCGUUCUGAAGAGAACAGCAGAAACUUGUUCUGAUGCCACGCCUCACUUAUCUGUGGUGGCCAGCAGCGAAGUCCACGCCUGGACCGACUUACCGGAAUGGAAAACGGAAAAUACUUUCAAAAGUCUGGAUGACGAGACGAAAGCCGACAUGAACAUGCGAUACCCAGCCACGAAGCUUCUGAAAAUCCUGGUGUCUCGUGAGCUGGCAGCGAGAUUGGACGGCUCAGGCGCUGUGGUCAAUAUGCAGCAACCUGGGAGGUGUCAUUCAGAGCUGACGCGUGAGGACGGGCGGAUAACGGCUGUGUUAAAGUUCGUACUGGCUCGGUCUACUGAGGUAGGCAGUCGGACACUUGUUGCAGCCGCGUCAGCGGGGAUCGCCAGCCACGGAGCCUACAUGAGAGACGGGGAAAUUGAUAAUGAGGCUUUAUCACCUUUUGUGAGGAACCACGAUGGAGAAAUAGCGCAGAAGAAGGUGUGGGAGGAGUUGACUCGCAUUCUGGAGGAUAUUUGUUCCGGCGCAACAACGUUCUGA